AUGCCCAAGAUGACGCCCGACUACGAAGUAAGACUGCAGCUCGACCCUGAGGCAGUGCUCAACUCCGAACACGGUCUGGAGUCGGAUAUCCUGGAAUUCUUCAAAGUAUCCGAGAAGGGUCUACAAAUGAACGUCCAGUUUCUCGACAAAUGCUGCAAAGACAUAUACAAUGCCGGCUGGUGUGUGCGAAUCCGCAAGGUGGAAGAGAAACCCCACCUCGAGCUGACAUACAAGAAACGGUACGACAUCAACAACGGCACCAUUGACGAGACACUCUCCAUCAGCAGGGAGAAGCAGGUGUCGCAUUCUGGCAAGACCGAGCUGGAGCUCCCCGGGCCGAGCGACUCGCGUAAAAUGGCAAUCAAGGAGGAACCCGACAAGUUUGACGAUUGGGGGCCUGGCGACGACUGGGGGACCAAGACGCUGGCGAAGGCGAGAGUGUUUGGUCCAGUUCUCGCCAAACGCUGGAUCGGCGAGUGGAAUGACAUUGAAGUGUAUAUCGAGGUUUGGCCAAUUCCCGAUGCUGAAGGGACGGGAACGGAGUGCAUCGUCGAGGCGUCGUUCAAGACGGACAGCUAUAAGACGGCCUCUGCCGGGCGCAUCAAUCUCACCAGCCAAUUGCAGGCUCACGACUGGGUUCUUGCUGAAGACUCUCUCAAGACAAAGCUUAUUCUAGAGCGCUGUUCAUGCUCCAAAGAGCGCGACACACCAGAAUCCGUGCAAGCAGCGCUUCGCACCAAGCUCAAUAGUCUGCGAGACAAGGCUCACGCUGGAGAUCAUCUCGGGAGCAAGCUGCAAUGGGGCGACAUAUAUGAGAUGUGGAUCGAAAUCCAAAACAACACGUCAAGAUGGCUGUGUGGUGCAGGCGGCUGGCAAGUCAAUCACGGCUGGUUCGAGUCCACCGCCGUGGGAGACACUGGGCCCGGCGAUGUGUGCUAUAUUCACAUGGGUGGAGGCGCCUUGUAUGGAAUCGAUUGCGUUGCCUACUUUCGUUUGGACGGGGAAUCGAGCAAUUCGUGGUUCCAGUGGUGGUUUGGCCCCAAUGAGCCUGCGGAGGAGCUUGUUGAGAUGUGGUCUCUAUGA